CGGGUCCCGGAUCGGGCUCCUAUGCCCCAAAAACAACGAUCCGUUUCGAGGCGUUGCCAACGUUCGGGCCUUACAUGGCGUCAGGUUGGCAUUCCUGGGCCUCUUUUGCCGAAGUUUUGCAGCAACCAACAUGGGUAAGCCCCGCGGUUUGAGGACGGCUCGUAAACAUGUGAACCAUCGUCGUGAGCAGCGAUGGGCCGACAAAGACUACAAGAAGGCCCAUUUGGGGACCCGCUGGAAGGCCAAUCCUUUCGGGGGGGCUUCGCACGCCAAGGGAAUUGUGCUUGAAAAAGUAGGUGUUGAGGCUAAGCAACCCAACUCCGCUAUCCGUAAGUGUGUUAGGGUCCAGUUGAUCAAAAACGGGAAGAAAAUCACCGCUUUCGUCCCUAGAGAUGGUUGCUUGAACCAUAUUGAAGAAAACGACGAAGUUUUGGUCGCAGGUUUCGGUCGUAAAGGUCAUGCCGUAGGUGAUAUUCCCGGAGUUAGGUUCAAGGUUGUCAAAGUAGCCAACGUAUCCCUACUAGCGUUGUACAAAGAAAAGAAGGAAAGACCUAGGUCGUAAUUUAUAUUUUGUUAAUUUUUACAUCUUGGAUACUGGUAUUUUAAUAAAAUUCCGGAAUUAAGUUAA